AUAAAGUUACAAAUUUGGCAGUAGCACUAGCACUAGCACGUGCCGAUCCGAUCGGUUGGUACAUCCACCAGUCCACCGGAGAAUCUACACUCCCGCCAUUACUCACUUCAAUAACCCAUUAAUUAGAGAAGCCCCAACAACCCAUUUUGAGAAAAUCGAUGCCCAAUCCUACAAUCGACAUAAUUCGAUAAAAGAUAAGAUAUUUUUCUUCCCAAUUGGGUUUCGAAGAUUUCCUCGAAAUACAACUGAAUUCCAUUGACGAGUUUCACUGAGCUACACUGAUAUGAAUUCCCCCAUGAACAGUCUAAAAUCCGGUGGAUUUUGGAGGGUGUUGUAUGUGGUGUUAUUGGGUCAAUCGGUGUCGUUUUCAAUGGCCCUUAUGAGCUUCAGCUCAUCUUUAUCUGCUAAUCUAGGCGUUAAUGCACCCUUUACGUUAGCAUUUUUCUCUUAUUUUGCUUCAACUUUGGUUUUCGGAAGUGUCUUACUCUAUCGUCGUCAAAAGCUAAAGAUUUCUUGGUAUUGGUAUGUUCUCUUAGGAUUUGUAGAUGUGCAAGGCAGUUAUCUUGUUAAUACCGCAUACCAAUUUUCAUCAAUCACAAGCGUGACAAUGCUUGAUUGCUCGACAGUUGUUUGGGUGAUAAUUCUCACUUGGAUAUUUCUUGGCACAAAGUAUUCAUUAUGGCAGUUUUUCGGGGCGGCUCUUUGUGUUUCCGGCCUAUUUUUAGUGCUACUUUCCGAUUCCGGAGUUGGUGGUUCAAGCGGCCGGAAUCCUAUUUUUGGUGAUAUUCUAGUCAUUGCAGGGACAUGCUUUUUUGCAUUGAGUAAUGUAGGAGAGGAGUUUUGUGUUAAGAAAGUUGAUCGGAUUGAAGUACUAACGAUGCUUGGUUUAUUUGGAAUGCUUGUGAGCAUUGCUGAGAUGAUAUUUUUUGAGAGGAAGAAUAUUGAAUCCAUAUCUUGGUCUCCGGAAGUUAUCUUGACCUUUGCUGGUUAUGGGGUAUCAGGCUUUAUGUUCCUUUCUUUGACGCCUCUUGUUCUACAGGCUAGUGGAGCCACACUAUUUAAUCUCUCGUUACUCACAGCCGAUAUGUGGGCAGUGGUCAUUCGUGUAUUUUUAUACCAUCAAAAGGUGGACUGGCUAUACUACGUCUCGUUUUUCCUCGUUGGCAUUGGUCUUGUCAUAUAUUCGAAAACGGAGAAGAAUUUGAAUGAGUUACCAAAAGUUGAAAAUGGUGACUCUGAUCAACCGUAUCGGCUGCUACAAGAGGAAGUUGCAUGAGUCUAGAGUUGAUGCCAUGCCUGCUCUAGAGAAGUAAGAGUGUGUUAGUUUCCAUAUGGCAUUAGAUAUACAAAAGUUAUUUGUUUAUAAAACAAAUGCAGUGUAUAGUAAGUAUAAUUAAAUGAUCACAAUAAUCGUUUAUAGGUUUAUUGAAUUUAUAUUUGAUGAAUAACAAAGGAAAACAAUUAUAUUUUGGGGAUUUGUUAUAAAGUGUAGGGUGAACACCUAAAAUGGGUAAGUGAACUAAAACGUCUAAAGACUAUAUGCACAAAAGAAGAAUUGGACUAAACGUUUCUAGUUUGAAAAAGAAAAGAAAUAAAGAAAUAAAUUUUGUUUUUUGAUGUUUACAAACUACAUAAAAAUGAUUGUUUUUUUUUCUUCUAAACUUUAAAGAUUGUUUAAGUAUAUGCAUAAUAAGCAAG